CGAUCCUGAAGCCGACGAGGUAUAUCCGUUACUGCACCUCAUGACAGCAUAUUUGCGAUGUCCUUGCGGGUAUCAACUCUUCACUUACGACAUUGAUACUAUAGCACUGCGACUAUCCGGACUACCCAAGUUGAUGAUGUCGACACGAUUUGUGAGAGGUACAAAGGCAAUGAUAACAACGGUGAUAAGCCUGAGGAGCUUGAUUCUGGUCCUGACGGUGAAUAUUGCCUAUACGCAGACGAUGAUAUCACGGAGCUCUGAGUCCUUCAUCCUCUCAGUCCGAGGUCUAUAUUCUUCCUUUGUACCCACUGCAAUGAAAUAUAACCUUUCGAUCUUGUGUUCUAUAGUAACGUAACACGGUUUAGCUUUUGAAGACAG